AUGCAUUUGCCUAAAAUCUUUAAAUCGUCUGUCAUCGAUUUCCUUGCUACUGGUUACAUGAUUACAGCUCAACUUUUUUCAAAAACAAAACUGGAUGUUUCAUUAUUAAAUCAAUUCAUGAACAAAAUUACAAAUUCAGUUCAAACAUCGCUUUAUCAUAGUGUCGCUCUUUUACUGUCAUUAAUGUUUCAAACACAAACAGAAGAAUUGAUAAUCACUGACAAUGCUUUAGAGAACAUUAUUAAUUUCAAAUGGUUUCCAUCAGCUUUAGAGCAAAUGAGAAAUGAAGGAAAACCAUUCAUUGCUUUAUAUCUAGCAUUAAUUUCUAAACUUUUACAAAAUAUUGGAGAGAAAACUGAAGACUUUGCGAAAUAUACGAAAUAUUUUGAAAGUUUAAUGGCUGAAGUUGUUCUGGAUGAUGAUGAAGCUCAAAUUAUUAUUAGAUGCAUCAUCGACAGCUACACUCAUGUGCCAGCAAUUGGAGAAUCAGCUAAUCAAACAAAGAAAUUGGAUGAAAAAGUAGAAAACAGCGAAUUUAUCAUUACGUUAGAUUCUGAUGAUGAAGACAACAUUCCUCUGAAACCUGAAGAUGUGACGUUUUGGUACUCAGCAUUUCUUCAUAAUUUAGAAAGAAGUUAUCCAAACGCUUUUGAUAAAGUCGUGAAGGAUGUGAUGAGUCGAACACCAGGAAGGAAACAAAAUGGAUUGAAGAAUGUUCUCGGAUUUCUCUUAAGAGUUUCAUGUGCAAACAACGACACAAAUAUUUUCGAAAAUCUUUAUCAUCACAAUGCUGAAAUACGAACUGAAGCUGUCGCUUAUUUGGUGAGAAAUUUUGAGAAAAUUAGUCUCGAUAACAAUGAAAACAAAGACAUAUUAAAGUUAACAAUUGCUGAACGCUUAAAUGAUGAUAAUCCGAAAGUUCUUGCUGAAAUCUUGAAUAUUAAGUCUUCACAAUUGAUUGAGCUGAUUGGCGUUGAUGAACUUGUCGCAAAAUUAUCAAAAGUUCUAAUGAGAUAUUGGAAAUGCCCUGAGAAAUGGCACAAAGUCUGUUUUCUCGCAUUACGCAUGUUGACAUCUGAAAACGUCUUUAAAUGCUCGGAUAGUAACAUUGUGCAUAUUGCUGUUCUUCCAUUUCUUUUCUCACUUAAGUUUGAAUUCAUACAAAUCAUUAAAGAUUCCAAAUACGGCAAAACGACAGAUUUCAUUAAGGAGUUCUCAAGAAAACAUAAAGAUUACAUCUCGUCGUUAACAGACAUUCGAACUUUGCCAUCGAGUGAAUCAAUUCUCGAAACAAUUGAGAGAGUUCUUUUGAGAAAUGAAAAAAUUGGAAGCUUUAGCAUUCAAUUUGCAUUUCUUUUAUUGGCAACUGCCAUUGAAGAUAAGCGAGCUGCAAAAUUUAGUUUAAAACUAAUUGAAAUUGUUAUUGAAGUGCUGUCGUCAAGGAAGCUUCAAUUGGCGAAUGGUGAAGUUGCUGAUAUUUCUAUGUUAGGACGACAGGAAAUUCCUACGAAAAUUGUUGCCGAAGUGUUUAAGAAAGUCAUAAAGAAUACAAAAUUUGAUAAUUCAACAACAAUCGACUUCAGUAAUUUAAAUAAUGACAUGAAAUUGAAAUUGAAAAUCUUCCAAUAUCUUGUGACGAAUUUCUUCAAUUUGAAAGUUGCAAGUGAACAACGAAUGGACAUCAAUGGUGUGAUUAAAACUUUCCUCGACACAAUUUGCAAGUCUGAUCAUCUAAUGAAGUUGGAAUUCUUCUCACAAUUCUGUGCAUCGCAUGUUGUGUUUCAAGACAAUGACGGAACGAGUUUAGAGUUGCAGAUAAAAACAAUGAAACUUCUUAAUAAUGUUCUACGGACUAAUCAAGAGCAUGUUGGCGAAUAUUCGAAUGAAUUCUUUCAACACAUUCUCAUCUCAUUGACAGCGGAACAGACAAUUAUUCGAGAGUUUGGAAUGGAAAUUUUUGAAACACUUUAUGAUCAAAAUGUUUCAUCAAUAUGGAAGUUUGUGAUUGAGAAGUUGAUUACAAGAAAAAGUGAGAUCUUAAUUGAUGACGAACAGAUGAGUUUGAUUUUCUUUUUGUUGGCGAGUAAGAAAAGUUCAGCAAACUUUAAGCGAAUCAUUGAAAGUAUAAUAACAACGAUUGAGGAUAAAGAAACAUUAAAUUACAUUCGAUCAAGUUUGCUAAUGAUUUUAAAACAUUUGAACGAUAAGAAAGUACUCGAUGUUAUGUCAAAAAUUGGAAUGGAAAUUAUUACAAGUUCCGAUGCUGAUGAUUUUCAUCGUUUUGAUGAUUUCCAAUCGAUUAUUUUAAAACUUGUUCUCUUGAGAAUCAAUUCAUCAACAAUGUCUUACUUAUGGGCAUUAGCAAUAAAAUCACUCGAUUGUCAUCGUUUAAUGUUCAACGAAGAUGGAAAAUAUUUAACGCCUUCGUUUUUGGUGUUGAAGAAUUUCGAUGAAGAUUUUCUUACCGCACUUCAUGCCGACCAAAGAAUGGAAGUUAUUCAGAAAACUAUUAAAUGCUCCAUGAAAGAUCAACCUAAACUUGUACAAGCAGCACAUAAAAUUUUCAACAUUAUUCAAAUUGAUUGUAAGAUUACGAAAACAAUUUUAAUGAAAAUGCCACAAUUGGAACUUCGAAUUCAUGCAAAAAAUAAGAAAAAUAAGCCGCUAGAUGGCGUGAGCAUUGAUGAAGGAGAUCCUCUGAAAUCAGAUGAAUGGAAAUUUGGAGUGACAUUAUUGGAGCUCUUACAAAAUAAAUCGAAAGGAUUGUCAAAUGAACAUGAAUUGAUUCCGAUUCUUUUUAAUAUUUUGGAUAAUUGUUCUCGCGCUUCAAUCGAAAUGAAUGUUGAAUUUGUUCGUCAAAUUGUUCUUUCGUUAUUGUUGAUGAUUUGUCAGAAGACUUCACCAGAUGGAAAGAGCCAUCAACGUCUUGGCGUUCGAGAUCAAAUGCUUAGGACGGAAUUAGUUGUGAAAUGUAUCAAAGAAUCGGAAAAUCCCCAAACACAUCAUCAUUCAUUGUUGCUUCUUUCACAUUUAGCUUUGAUGACACCAAAUCAAGUUCUUAACGACAUGAUGACUAUCUUCACAUUUGUCGGCACAACACUUGUGCGACAUGAAGAUUCCUACAGCUUUCAGAUCAUUUCGAAAGUCAUCGAGAAUGUUGUUCCAGCUUUGAUUCAUAAGAAAUAUGGAGACGAUGAAAUUAUUCCCAUUCUAAAAAUUUUCACUUCGAUUCUUCUUCAAGUGCCAGAUCAUCGUCGUUUGAUGCUUUAUGUCAAACUUCUCACAAUAUUAAACGUCGAGAAGUUCUUGUGGGUGUUCAUUGGACUUGUAAUUGAAUCACAAGUUGUUAAUCAUAAGAAAGGAAUGCCAAAUGAUGAACUUCCACAAAGAAUUCAAAUUGCUUUAGCUAUCACGAAAGAAUUUGAUGUCCGGACGAUCUUAGAUGCUUCAACAUCGCUUAUUGUUCAUCUUAAAGAACUUCCAAUGUUCAUCGAGAAUAAACCUCACACAAGAGCGAUAAAUGUAGAAGAUGUUAAUGUCAUUUUCAAUCUUAAGACGCACAGUGACUUUCAACUUCGUCACUUCAAAUAUCUCGUUCUUCAAUUCCUAAAGAAUCUUCUAUCAUCACCUGAAGUUUCAUUGAAAGUGUCACGAUUAAGCUACGAAAUGAAGCUUGAAAUGAAAAGAGAAUUUCAAGCGAUCAUCCUCAACAUGUUGACACUCAUUCCUGAGAUUUCCAAAGCAAUCAAUCACCAAAAGAUGAAAUCAUUCGAGAAAUCGUGGCAUGCGAUCUUACAAAAUGCUUUUGACAUUCUUGAAGCGUCGAUUGAACUUCUUGCACCUGAUAUGUUGUUGGUUGUUGUCGGAAAUUUAUUUCUUCAUGAAUUUCUUUUAGUUCGAAAGAAAAUCAUUGAACUUCUGAAUCGAAAGCUUGAAGAUGAUUACUUUAACGAAUGUAACGAUGAAAAAAUGUUGAAACUUAUUAAACCACUGAAAAAUAUUUGCGAAACAAUUGGAAAUGAAUCGAAUACAGCUUUGGAAGUUGUGCAACAAUCAACAUUAAUUUCAAUUAAACUUCUUGCAAGAAAGUUGUGUGAUGAUCAUCCAGAAGAGUUUAUUGAGAUUCUCGAUCAACUGACUGGUGCUUUGGAUAAUAAUGAGAAGAUCAAAACACCAGUAAUGAUGAAUCUUGUAAUUUGUAUUGCUGAUUUAAUGGCAAUGUUAAAAGUCAAAGCGAUUGGAAAGCUCGGGAAAUUCAUGCCGAAUCUUCUUAAAUUAAUGACAUUGGAGGACGACGAUUCAUCAGCAUUUUUUCUUCUUUACUCAGUUGUCUCAGCACAGUUGAAGAUAAUCGAAACAGUUCCAAUGUUUUUAAGUCCAUAUCUCGUUCAAAUUAUCACGCAAUUAACUCGUCUUAGUCCAGGAUUAAAAUUGCUGACUGAUGGGAAAAUUCAUAUGUUAAUUGGAAAAAUUUCAAAAACUUGGACGUCGAUAGCUCAACUUGUGCCUUUACGUGUUCUCGUGCCUGUCAUCAAUGAAGUUUAUCAUAAAAUCAUUGAAAAACAACACUUUGAUUCAAUUAAACCAUUGAUGGAGUUGAUGUUUGAAAUGUUUCAAAAUAUUGAAAGUAAAGAGUUACGUAAGAGUCAAACUGAAUUGACAGACUUCUUUCUAAAUGCAAUGCAAAUUCGUUGUGAGGUUGAAGGAAAAAAUGAUAUUGAAUUUGAGAAGGUUAACGACAUUGAAGAUGACAUCAUUAAAGCUCUUGUUGCACUUGUUAUGAAACUUUCUGAAGGAUCUUUUCGUCCAUUGUUUGAGAAUAUUUUCAAUUGGGCGCUUCGUGAUCAUCCUGACAAUUAUAAUCGUGCGAUAGCUUUCUUCCGAUUCACAACUCAUGUCUCAGCAUCACUUAAAUCAUUGUUUCUUUUAUUUGCAUCUGAUUUGAUUGAUUGCGCUGCUCCGAUACUUGACAAAUGUCAUUCAAGUGACGCAUGUUUUAAUGACAACGAUGAGAAAAAUCUUUAUCUCUUGGAAUUUAUUUUAAAGACGUUGCAUAACAUUUUCCUUCAUGAUCAUCAGAAUUUCAUCAACACUCAACGGUUUGAUGUCAUUAUGCAACCAAUUGUCGAUCAAAUUGAUAAUAGAAGUCUUUUCAAUAAUGAUGGAUUGCAAGAAUUAGUAAAGAAGUGCGUUGCACAGCUUGCAGUUGCAGCAUCUGACGAUAUUUUAUGGAAGCAACUCAACUAUCAAGUACUGAUGAAGACACGAGCUGAAAAUCCCAAUAAGAGAAUUUUCGGUGUAAAAGUUUGCAUUGAAAUGGCGAAGAAACUCGGAGAAGAUUUUGAGCCUCUCGUUCCUGAAACAAUUCCGUUUCUAUCUGAACUUCUUGAAGAUGAAGAUUAUGAAGUUGUUGAAGCUUGUCAACAAGGCGUCCGCGAGUUAGAGAAAACAGUUGGUGAAUCACUUCAAAAAUAUUUGUAA